AUGCGGCGCCAAUUCCAAUCAGCGCUCCUGUUAGGCCUCUCGGCGCUAGGAGCAGCUAUCUUCAAGGAUGAAGUCGGCCACAUUGAUUUCCAUCACUCGUUAGUCGGCAUCCCACAGCGCGAAGCGACCUUCUACCAUCGACCGAAGCUCGGCACCAAGGCCAGCCUUCUCUACACACUGAGCGAUCUAGGUGUCGUCGGCGCCAUCAACCCGGCCAGCGGCGAGACAGUAUGGCGCCAUCAGCUCUCCGAUGACCUCUCCAGCAGCGCCGGGCACCUUCGAGCUCCUGCCGAUGAGGAGUGGGUAGCUACCGCCCAGGGUCCCCGCGUCCAAGCGUGGAACGGCUUGACUGGGCGAAACGUCUGGGAGAUAGAGUUUCACGGAGAGGCUCGGGAUGUGGAAGUCAUUGAAGUGACCGACACGUCGCGCAAAGAUGUGGUUGUGCUCUUUGAAGAGGACGGCACCACGGUCCUGCGACGCCUUCAUGGCGGCCUGGGCACGGUGAUGUGGGAGUUCCGCGAAUCGACCAAGGACGUCCCCCUCCAAGUUUCGACCGAUAUCGCGAGCAUAUACAUUGUCAGCCUACAUGGGUCUCCCUCGUCCUACAGCGUCAAGACCACUUCGGUGGACCCUAGCACUGGUAAGCGUGCGGAUCAAUGGACUGUUGGUACCAAGGGUGACGUUGCGACGGCCGAGGAUGUCAUGUUUGUGGGCGGCAACUCUGCCGCCCCAAUCGUUGCUUGGAAGGGUAACGACAAACUCAGCAUCCAGAUUCUCGGCACCAAAACCAAGCAUGAUAUUGCGCUGGCGCCCGACGUGGAGUUUGUUGAUAUCCAGGCACCUUACCUCAAAGAAUCCCAGGCUCGCUUCUUGGUCCACACGGCUUCCAAGUCUGGCAAUCGGGCCGAGGUCUUCAGUGUUGAUAUCAAGAACGCUCAGAUCAAGAAGACGCACGAACUGCCCCAGCUUCAAGGACGCGGUUCUUUCUCUACCAGCUGCGAGGGAGCCAACGUCUGGUUCACGCGAGUUACCGGCGACGAAAUCCAAGUACUUCCCUCUGACUCCCACGAAGGCGUCGCGCGAUGGAAGAUACAGCUCGAUGGCGCUGUGAAGCCUAUUCACUCCGUCUCUGAAGUCAUCCACAAGUCUGGCAGCGAGUACGCUGUGCGUGUUGCCAUCCUCACGGAAGAUCACGACUGGAUCCAAAUUCGAAACGGCGAGAGGGACUGGGUCCGUCACGAGGGACUUAGCGGCAGUGUGGCUGCAGCUUGGGCCGAGAUACCUGAACAGGAGGACCUGGCCAAGGUCCUCGCCGGAGAGGCUGAUACUAACCCCAUCAGCGCUUAUGUCAACCGUCUUGUGCGUCAUAUCGACGAUCUCCAGUACCUCCCGGGCUACCUGGUCUCUAUCCCGGGCAGAAUCCUGGCAAGUAUCGCAGGUGACGAGCCUACUUCCAGUGCUGGCAACCUCUACGCAGACGUUUUCGGCUUCAACAAGAUUGUCGUGCUGGCCACCCGUCGUGGCCGCUUCUACGGCGUGGACACUGGCAACAAGGGCGCCGUCCUUUGGACCAAGGAUGUUCUGCCACAGGCCGCUGGCGAAUCGCUUUCUGUAAAGGGAUUCGCUGUGACCGAUGACACUGGCGUUGUUGCCAUGCGUGGAUCACGUGGCGAGUCUGUUCUAAUCCGAGCUACCGAUGGCCACGUUGAGGACGUCAAGCCGGCUGAGUCCACCACACCAAUUAUAUCCAGCACCGCUAUUCUUGACGGCGAGGCAUCAGCUUGGAUUCUCGCGCUUGGUCCUGACGGCAACCCCGUCGACCAGACUCUCGGCGGCCAGCUCGAUGAUCAGACCUUCAUCGUCCGCGGCGAGGAUGAAUCUGUCAAGGGCAUCAAGAUUGUGGCGGAUGGAAAGAAGGCCAAGAAGCAGGAUAUCUGGGAGAUCAAGGCCGUGGCUGGCCAGCGCAUUGUGGAUGUAGCCACGCUACCUACCCACGAUGUCGCUGCGUCCAUUGGCCGCGUUCUCGGUGACAGGCAGGUCCAGUACAAGUACCUGAACCCCAACACGGCCGUCGUCGCCUUUGUCGACGACAAGACAUCUGUCCUGUCCGUCAAGCUCGUCGACACCAUCUCCGGGCAGGUCCUCGCCGCCGAGACCCACGAGGGCGUCGACGCCGUUAAGUCCGUCUCCUGCACCAUGUCGGAGAACUGGUUCGCCUGUUCCUUCUUUGGUCAGUACAAGCUCAACGAUGACUCAGGCCGCUCUAUCCACGGCUACCAGAUUGUCGUGUCCGACCUGUACGAGUCCGAGACGCCCAACGACCGCGGCCCGCUCGGCGACAGCGAAAAGUUCUCCUCGCUGGCGCCCGUUGAGAACCCGCUCGGCGUCGCGCUGCCUUUUGUCGCUUCGCAGAGCUGGGUCGUCUCGCAGCCGCUCAGCAAGCUCGCCGUGACGCAGACGCGCCAGGGCAUCGCCAACCGCAACAUUGUCGCCUACCUCCCCGAGUCGCACGCCGUCGUGGCCCUGCCGCGCAUCCUGCUCGACCCCCGCCGCCCCGUCGGCCGCGAUCCCACGGCCAGCGAGAUCGAGGCCGAGGGCCUUCCCCGGUACAUGCCCGCCAUCGAGAUUGACUCGCGCAACAUCCUCUCGCAUGACUGGGAGAUUCUCGGCGUCGACGGCUUCACGACUUCGCCCGCCGUCGUGGAGAGCACGAGCUUGCUCAUCGCGUACGGCAUCGAUGUCUAUGGCACGCGCGUUGUACCUAGCGGCCUCUUCGAUAUCCUGGGCAAGGGCUUCAACAAGCUGACUCUUGUCGCUACCGUUUUGGCGCUCACCGCCGGUGUCUUGUUUCUGGGUCCCAUGGUCCGCCGUAGCCAGAUCAACCGCAGAUGGGAGGCAUUCAUCUAG